AUGAUGAGCGCCAUCAUCCUCUACCUUGGCAUCCUGGCCUGGCUCCUCAGCCUAGUCCAGGCGGAACGACCACUUCUGCCCCUUUCCACCUCCAGCCGUUGGAUCGUCGACGCCGCAGGCAAACGCGUCAAGCUCCGCUGCAUCAACUGGGCGGGCCACAUGGAGGUCAACCUGCCCGAAGGCCUGCAUAAGAAGCCCCUCGAGUACGUUGCCGACUGGAUCCGCGACGAAGGGUUCAACUGCGUCCGCCUCACUUUCUCCAUCGACCAUGCCCUGAACCCGGAUAUCUCGGCCGAGGAGUCCUUCCGCCGAGGGGCAGCAGCCGCCAGUAUCGCCGUCGAGGACUUCAUGCCGAUAUAUUCGCAGGCUGUCACCCACAACCCCUUCCUUGCGAAUGCGACGCAGCGCGGCGUCUUUUCUCGCGUGAUUGACGCCCUGUGGGAGCGCGACGUCAUGACCGUUUUGGAUAACCACGUUUCGCGCGCCAGCUGGUGCUGCAACCUCAUCGACGGCAACGGCUGGUGGAAGGAAGCCCGCUUCUACUCUGCCCUGAACAGCCGCUACUUCGGCACGGACGCUUGGAUCGCCGGCCUCGAAUCCGUCGCCCGGUGGGCCAGCGAUCACGAAGGCGUCGUGGCCCUGGGUCUGCGCAACGAGCUCCGCGCCACCUGGUCGCAGAUCCCCUUCUCCGCCGCCGACUGGCGCGAUUUCAUCUCCCGGGGAGCCGCCGCCGUCCACGCCGCGAACCCGCGCCUCCUCGUCGUCAUGGGCGGUCUGCACUCUGCGACCGACUUGACACCCUUGCACGUGGAGCCCUUUGACGAUUCGCGGUGGAGAGGGAAAACGGUCUGGGAGGCCCACGAAUAUCCCUUCACGGUCACGACUCCGGAUAUCGGCCGCAACUGCGACAUUCAACUCAUGCAGUACGGCUUGCUGUAUGGCUUCGUCCUCGAGCAGGACCGUCCGUAUACGGGCCCUCUGUGGAUGUCUGAGUUCGGCGUCAAUAUGCAGGGGGGAGAGGAGGCUGGAUUGUCGGAGUCGCACUACGCCUAUCUGACGUGCUUCGUCAGCUGGCUGGAGAACAACGACGCCGACUGGGCGCUGUGGGCGGUUCAGGGGUCGUAUUAUGUCCGGGACGGCCAGAUAGAUUAUGACGAGACGUGGGCUGCUCUGGACCGGGACUGGAACGCAUGGCGGAACAGGGCUUUUAAAGAAUUGCUUGGCAGUAUUUUCAACGUGACGCAGGGCCCCGUAGAAAGAAGCUUUUCCGGCUAG